CAGUCAAACCUGUUUAAACUUGGCUUAAUAACUUCCAGUGAAAAACUACAAAACAACUUGUUGAGCAGAACAAAAAAACGCAAGAGGAACAGUGUCACAGCAAAUUUAAAUCUAAGCUGAACUCAGUCUUUAUGUUGUUGACAGUUCUAGUUUCAGUCUGGGAAAGGUAAUAAUAUGAGGGCGCAUACUGCAUUUCUGCUGUUGGAGGAUGUGGAUCAAAAGUCGUUUUAGAGGCACCGAAAGACGGUGGGGCAGCGACGACGAAGUAACGUGAUCUCUUACGUCUGUGUUCAGAGCUUUUAAAUACAGCUGGCCGAGGCUGUGUGGGAACAGAGUGAGAGGGAACCAAAUGCAAUAAAAAAAGUGUGGGGGACGUUUGUCACAGUCAAAGCACACGGCAGAUAAAGUCAAAUCGUAAAAUAUUCAGGGUUUUUUAAUUGAAACAGCAUUCUGUCGUUUCUUCGAAAUACUCUCCAAUCAAAUAGUUUUGCAGAAUUAGUUCCUGUGAUUAAUCAACUAAUCGGAAUCUGUAUUCCGAUGGAACAGUACAGCAAGAAAUUUACUUUAGGAUGAGAACUUAGCAUUUUAUUCGGGUUAUGGCCGUGUUUCAGAGAAAUCGCAAUCGGAUUCAUUUGAACUACAUGCUGCUCAAGGCGAACGCGAACUGACCAGAGAGUGAAGGAAGGGUGAUGGCAGCGGUGGACUGUUCAACGUUUCGCGGCAACGGUACCUUCCCUUGCAACGUGAGCCAACAGGGCUUUUUGGGGGAACGCCUCUUCUCACUACCCUACACGCCUCGAACCACGGCAGGUAUCGCCACUGCUAUCAGCUUCAUCAUAAUAUUCACAAUCAUUGGGAAUGUACUGGUCAUAAUUGCUGUGCUGACCAGCAGGUCAUUGCAAGCCCCUCAGAACCUCUUCCUAGUCUCUUUGGCUGCAGCAGAUAUUUUGGUGGCCACUUUGGUGAUGCCCUUUUCUUUGGCCAAUGAAUUGAUGGGUUAUUGGUACUUUAAGAAGAUUUGGUGUGAAAUUUAUUUGGCGUUAGAUGUCUUGUUUUGUACUUCUUCUAUUGUCCACCUCUGUGCGAUAAGUCUGGACAGAUACUGGUCAGUAACCCAAGCCAUCCAGUACAACUCCAAGCGAACACCGAGAAGAAUCCGCUGUGUGAUUCUGACCGUCUGGUUUAUUGCUGGAGUUAUUUCCUUCCCACCUCUAAUCUCCAUGAACAAAAAUCUCGGCGAAGACGAAAUUCCCGUCUGUCGUCUGAAUGACGAGAAAUGGUACAUCUUGUCUUCGUGCAUUGGGUCUUUCUUCGCUCCUUGUGUCAUCAUGAUUUUGGUGUAUAUGAGGAUUUACCAGGUAGCCAAGCAGAGGACGAGGAAGCCACCCGGCAACCGAAAGCCGGAGGGGGUCGGCGCCGCCUGCUGCAAGAAACGACGUCUGGCGGAGCAAGGAUCAUCCUCUCGUCCCAAUGGUCAGGAGACGGGGACCAAGUCCAAGGACAAAGAGGAAGCGGGUAAUUCUUCGUCCUCGGGCCAGGAAGGGUGUUCAAGCAAGCAGAAGUCGCACAAACAGAAUGAUCCGCUCGGCGCCACCAAACUAGCGCAGGAUGAGAGCAACUCGAACUGCAAAAGGGAGGAAGAGCACUUUGGGAGGCAAGAGAAGCCUCGGACACCGAGUGCAAUCAGGAGGAAAGCUAUCCAGAACAGGGAAAAACGCUUCACUUUUGUUUUAUCCGUAGUUAUUGGCGUCUUUGUUCUCUGUUGGUUCCCUUUUUUCUUCACCUACAGUCUGACUGCCAUCUGCCCGGUGACAUGUUCUGUCCCACCUGUCAUCUUCAAAUUCUUCUUCUGGAUCGGCUAUUGCAACAGUUCCCUUAACCCCGUCAUCUACACCAUAUUCAACCAGGACUUCAGGCGAGCUUUCAAAAAGAUCCUUUGCCGAGAACAGAAAAGAUCCCUCUACAGAGUCUAGUCAGCAGAUUUGAAGACGCGUCGGGAGUUAUUACCCAAAGAGCGAGAUUUUUUUAUUUUAAACCAAAAAAAAUCUUUCCAAAUAAAUGGCAUGCAACUGUACCAAUGUCCUACCGAAACUAAUGUUCUUUUGAAGUCACGAAAUAAAUGCGCUGUUGUUGAAGGAAACGCCGCAAAGUGAUAUGUCUGGUUGAUUACAAAAAUAUAUUGUUGUCUGUAGCUUGAUAAAUGUGUCGAUUCUAGUAAGGAAACCCUUGUAAAAUUGGAGUACGAAACAAGUUGGAAAUUCACACUGUUGUACAUUCCGACCACACCAUCUCUUGCCUUUUUACACAGGCUUAAGGACAAAUGCUCUUGUGCGCUUAGUCAUUCUAAGAAGUCUGGAAAUUGAUCCUCCCUGUAAGAGAAUACCCUGCCCUGUGUCUGUACUCCUGUAAAAUUGCUUCUCAUAUCUAUUAAAAUGCAAAGACCAAC